AUGUCUGACGAUUAUAAGUCCAUCUUAGUAGAGGAGGCCAGUAAAGAUGACAACUGGGACUACUUCCGCGAAAAACUCCUCAGCGCUCGUUCUGUACAGAAAGAUGGCCAGAUGGUUAAAGGCCCAAGAUACGCCGUCUACGAUUUCCACUUCCAAUUGGCUGCCGGAGAAGGCCACAGAGACAAAAUUGUAUUUCUUGCAUGGAGCCCAGAUGACUCUGGUGUUAAGCCAAAAAUGGUAUACGCGUCCUCCAAGGAUUCACUCAAGAAAUCACUCGAUGGAUUUACCCAUGAUUUCCAACUAAAUGAACCCGAAGAUAUCGAAUACGACUCUAUAGUUAAAAACAUCUCUUGA